AUGCCCCCAAGGCCCGCAAUAAAGUCGAAGGAGAGCCGGCCAGUCUCAGCGAUAUAUCUUGGAAGCAGCCCCAACAUUGGGGGAUCGGCAAACAACCACAUUACGCAAAUACAACAUUCUUCGUCGUCAUCGUCGAACUACCUUGCCAACGGCGUCCCGCCAAAUUUGCCAGACCUCCCAGAGCCUCCAAGUCCAAGCUCGAGCAUAGGAUCUGAAGGAUCCGGUCUGCCAUCACCUCCAGCCACGAACUCAACUGGAAGCGGAAGCACUGGCGACCCAGGCAGCAUAGCGCUUCGACAACGACCUCUGUCGUUUGCGAGCGACAGUAGCGCAAGUACAAGCGGUAGUAGCCAUAGAACGCUCUCUGAGCGCACCCACAUGCACACCACGCCCAGCAGCAUCAGAAGCAGCAGUCGGCAAGCACACCUUCAUGAUGAUGAACCCCACCAUUACGGGGACCACGACCUCGACGACGACACCAACGAUCUGGACGGCGACGACACCGCGCGGUUGGAUCGACGACUUUAUGGCAAAAGCUCGAAUGAUAACAAUCCGCCGCCCUUGCUCCUGACUCUGACCGCCAUGGCGACAUUUCUCCUCGAAUUGAUAUAUGCGCCGUUGUCGCCUCACAAGGCCAUCGACAAACUCUCGAGAUUAGGCUCGCCGUCGCCGUCGACAGGCAGGCCAUCAGGCUCGAGGUCACCUUCUCAGGCUUCUUCAGUAGCCUCAUCUUCCAGACUGCGGCAAGCUCGAACGAUUCCUACACCACCAACGCAAGACCAUGGAGCGUCUGGAUCCGAGACUGAGCGUGAAGGCGAUUCGGUGCACACCCAUUCAUCUUCUCAUUCGUAUUCAUCCUCCUCCCAUGCAUCUUCAUCCCGCCGUCCAAUUACCCCAAGCUCCGGAGAUAACGAUGUUGCUCUGGUCGGAACUUCCAGUCCAUACAGUCGUCUCCGCCAUAUCUCAGCACCAGACUCCCCGCAGAAAGCCCGCCUCAUGACCAACGCUUCGGGCUCGUCUAAUGCAAGCAACAGCCCGACCAGAAGACGAAAACGGUCAUCAAUCGUCCCGAUGACACCGGUUCGCAGCCUCGAUGGCGAAGACGACGACCACGGUGCUGAACACCGAUACACAUCGACAUCUGGCUAUGGGCGGGAUCGAGCCCGAGAUCGGGACCGAGACACGGUCAGGGACAUUACCCAGAGUGCGCUCGCCGCCGUUGCUCAGUCACGGAGAAGCCCAACCGGGACAAGGAGAAGAGGUGCCCUGCCUAGAGAGUUCAGGGAAGGUACUGUGGAGUCCGCCGACACGAGAUCCGUAGCGAGUGAAGCGAGGAGCAGGAAGAGUGUCGACUUUGAGGACCGUAGUCGGCUUUCACUUGAGCCUGUUACCCCAUACAGAAGCAACAUUGGUCGAUCUUCAACACUUCGGGAAGUUUCUCGGAGUGGCGGCUCAAUACCCCGUUGGGGAAGCGAGGAUUAUCACAAUGCAGGUGCCCACUCGCCUGUCGAAGGAAAAAGGGAGCGGAGACAAACAUUACGUGGUGGAAGUGCUGAAAGCGCUUUGUUCAGUCCAGGUGGUCGUACUUUGGUAGGCGAAGGUCUCCGUGCCGCGGGCCUCACCCCACGGCGAGACGAGGCCAGGACGAUUGGACCCUCAUCUGGUGCUGGAGACAUCUUCCGUGAACGGGACAGACGUGUCGACCACAGUCCGCUAGACGACGACAGAGGCAAGCGCCGUGUAUUUACGCCUGCACGAGAACUAACUUCGCGUGCUGCCACGUCCAUGGCUGACUAUCGCACCAUGGAUCGUCUUCGAGAACAAGAUGGGGAGGAAGAACAGAGGCAACGCUUGACUGCUUUGCGUAACCAUCGCAGCACCUAUUCUUUGUCUGCUGCCCGGGACCACGAUCCACCACCGUCCAGAAGAAGUCGUGAUCUGUCUCUCACUCGUGCCGAACGUGAUCAACUUGAAUUAGACAGAGCUAGCCUGCCACCGAAUUCUGCCACAUUCACUCAAGGCCCUUCGACCGCAACGACCACUGCGACCGCUGUACCGAAACACCUACACGAUCGACAUUCCACCGCCAGUCCAUUCGGAUCCAGACGCAUGGUUGCCACGCCUGCACCAGGAGCCUCAUCGUCUGCUGCAGAACACGUGCGAAUAUUGAUGGAGACACUUUCGACAUUCGAGGGCAAUCUAUCCAAACUACCGACGACUGCGGUGAACGGGCUGGGCAGGGUCCCCACUGCCGCCGAACUCCUAAAGCAUGCUGAAAACGUGGUUUACACGACCGAGCGAAUAAACACGUUGAUGCGGACCGGGACGAAUCGAGCGCUAGAGGCACAGAUUAACGCAGAGGUGGACUCGGAUGUCAGCGGCACGGAGGAUAUGUUGACCUUAUGGAAGAAGGUCGGUGGGGAGUAUCGGGAGGGGUUGAGAGCUUCCGAUGAGCUUGUUCGAGCGUUGACAAGCUUCCUCAUCGACGUGGGUCUAACGAUGCGACGGCUGUCCCCGAGUGCUGCUUCGGAGUACGGAUCGCCUGCCGGCCAUGGGAGGAGUCUGAGUUUGGAUGAGGAGGGGAUUAGACAACAUCAACGUGCGGUCGCUGAGGCGGAGAGUUCGAGUGGUCGACUCAGCGUGGACUCGGCUACGAGGCGGGAGCGAGAAGAGACGAUGCGCAGGCUCUCCGGCGGUUAUGGGAGGGAGUCGUCACUUGGCAUGGCUCGGGCUUCCCCAGCUAUCAAUGCGUUCCGCGAGAGGGAGAGGAACGUCUAUGACACGCCAUCUCCAGCUUCGUCAGGUGCCAACAAACCUUUACCCUCGGUACCCAAUGGAAUUCAGUCCCACCUUGUUGGUUCCGCUCGGCGGCUCUUCACCCCUAGUCAACAACGAGAACGUCAAUUGGAAGGACAGUUUGACCACUUUCGACCACCGUCAGUGUUGCGCCCUUCGGACUCACAGAGAACCCUUCAAGGAACCGAGGUGGAGCCAUCGCCAACGCCCAGGACCCGAACCCUCACUCGAACAAGUUUUCCUCCAGAGCAAGCACGCCGAACUCCGAUGAGCAAACCUUCAAAUAGCAACAGCGAGAGCUCCUCCCACACAUCUUCAGCUUCGGGCGAGAGGAACGUUCCCAGUUCAGUUGGGGAUCGACACCACGAACGACGGAAACCAUCUGUUGCUUCAAUCGUCACCGUUCGCGGAUCCCAACCUCCUUCGUUGCCCAACCUGACUGCACCUGGUAGCGCUACUACCAGUCUCACUACUCACACGGUCUCCAAUUCGUCAGAGCAAACACCUCCGCUUUUGAGGACGGAUUCGGGCAAGUCGGCCAGAUCGACAGUGACCUUCUCGAGACCAUCUCCUUCGUCUGUCACUGCAGCGCUGUCGGGGAUCCAACAACAGGCACGAGAGGAUGAGCGGAAGCGACGGGGCACCUCCAUGGAUAACGGACGCGCGUCUAGCAGUGAUCAGUCCCAGUCGAACUCGCCAUUGGUACCGAAAGCCAGGUUAGAGAUCCAGCAACAGCCCAAGAAGUUGGCGGCCAUCGCUUUGGCUAGGGGUCAGUCGAAUGAAGGUGGAAGUGAUCUUUCAAGACGGAGGACGACACUGGGUUUGGGUACAGCGCCGAGACUUGCAAGAGCGUCGCUUGAUGGAGCUGGGUUGCCUGCGAGUACGAGCACGGGGAGUGGGACGCCGUUUGGGAAGGAGUCGACCGCGCAUGCGGCGGAUAGGCAUGCGGCUUCAACCGUGUUGCCAAGAGUCACGAAGGAACGCCGAAGGACUGUCACUGAUAUUUGGCCUAGAGAGUGA